AUGGACAAAAAAGAAGCUGAUAAAUUUGUUAUCAAUGAAAAAGUAAACAAAUCAUCAAGUACGAAUAGAUGUCAUUCAAAAUGGUGGAAUCAGAGUUAUCAUCAUCAACAAGUCAUAUGCCAAAUAAUUGAAUCAUUUAAUUUUCGUGCUCUAAUUAUAUUUUUAGUUAUUCUUGACAUAUUAUUUUUAAUUGCUGAAAUAAUGUUAGAAUCAUUUAAAAUUCAAAAUGAAUGUAAAAUUUAUAUUCAUCAUUCAGCAGAACAUUAUUAUGAAAUAAUCAAAGAACGUGUUGAAUUUUUUAUGGAAAUAUUACACUAUGCAUCCAUAACAAUUUUAAGUUUUUUUCUUAUUGAAUUAUUAUUUAGAAUUUAUGCAUCUGGAAAAGAAUUUUGGAAUAUUCGAAGAAAAAAAAUGGAAUAUUUUGAUGCAUUCAUUGUUAUUACAUCAUUAAUUAUUGAUUUGUAUUUUUUAUUUAAAGAAGAGAAAGUUUUAAGUAAAAGAAUACUUAUAUUUUCAAUUCGUUUAUGGCGUUUUGUUAGAAUUAUUAGUAGUGUAGCUGAAAAUGUUCGUAAUAGACAAAAAAAACAUAAACGACGCUUAAAUAAACAAUAUCUGAAUACUAUUCAUCGACUCGUCGAUCUUCUUGUACACAAAACAAAUUAUGUUGAAAAUAAUAAGGAAUAUUUGAAUUCCAUACUUGAACAUUUUCAUAUAAUUGAUGCUCAAUGUCAAUCAUCAUUCGAUAUACUUGAGCAAAAUCGUGAAUUAACUACAUCAAAAGGUAUACAAGAAUUUACUAAUAAAUUAAAUGAACUUGACAAUAAAAGUGAAAAUCCUAUUACCUCAACAAUUUUUAUCGAAUCAUCGGAACUAUAA